CUAAAGGUUCAAAGACUAAAGGAUUAACGCAAACGGGCAUUUGCUUGAGUUGGCCUAUAUUGUUGGUAUCACGUGACUUGUGUUAAAUUGUUGUAAUUCAUUCGUUUGUAAAGUUCGAUAAUGGAUGAGGAUGUGCAGAAAGGGAAACUAAAACAGUCGCGUUCCCGACUCGGCUGGCCAAAACAAGGUUUGGUACUGACGUUCCUCUGUCUCGCUGUCGUGUUUCUGUACAACUGGUUCAUGUUGUCCGCGCCUGCCAAAACCAACAACAGAAACUACACCAUUGAUGACUAGCUGGGUAGAGAGAGAGAGCUAACUUACCACAGAAACUACACCAUUGAUGACUAGCUGGAUAGAGAGAGCGAACUUACCACAGAAACUACACCAUUGAUGACUAGCUGGAUAGAGAGAGCUAACUUACCACAGAAACUACACCAUUGAUGACUAGCUGGAUAGAGAGAGCGAACUUACCACAGAAACUACACCAUUGAUGACUAGCUGGAUAGAGAGAGCUAACUUACCACAGAAACUACACCAUUGAUGACUAGCUGGAUAGAGAGAGCUAACCUACCUGCAGGGCUUCGGGUUUGUGUACUUCGUGGGGUACCGGGGUGAAAUCAAACAGAACCAUUUUCGACAACAAUGUUACAGAACAGCUCGUGUAGUUUCGUUUCAAGUUUCAAAUUCAUCUCGCUGUUGCUGUGUGUCUUUGUGCUUGUGACGUUUAUCUGGCUGUCCACGUUUCAAUCCAGCCCUAUCCUUGCUAACGAGAACGCACUUGUAGACGACGAUGAAACAGACGACAUUGAAAGCGACGAUGUUAGAACAAAUAACAGGCGGAGAUUAACCUGCGUGUUCCCCAAAGUCGACCCCUUUGAUCCGGUAAUCGUGAAAACACUUAUAGACCACGCGAAGCAUCCGUCUUUACGUUGUAACGGCUCCCUGCCGGAGAUGGUGUACCUGAACGGCUCACAGCUCGUCGUCAACCUGACGGCAGCCGGCGAGCACCAGUCUGGGAACAUCACCUGUGGGUACCAGGAAGUGGUCAUGAACUACGAGAAGGACAAGUCACACCUGAACCCCCUGCAGACGUUCACAGAUUUUAAGAAUCUUCCGCCGAGCACGGAAUUUAUUCGGACUGUCUGUCACGGCGAUGGGGGGAAAAUUGCGGCUGUCGAUUACUUCGCGUUGUUCCCGAAGCGGGAUAACGAGGACGAGAUGCUGAAGCUCCUGGCCAAGAAAAGGGUGGCUGAGUUCUCCCCGCAGGAGACGCUGAACGUGUUGAUGGUUGGGAUAGACGGAGUCCCCAGACACCAGUUUAUGCGGUCGAUGAACAAGACAUACCCCUGGCUAAUGAAAGGCGGGAAUUCCAUUGAUUUGGUCAAGUACACGCAAAUCGGGAAAAACACGUUCCCGAAUUAUCUCCCGUUGCUGUCCGGUAUUCUGGAAGAUGAGAUUAAAAGCUGGUGGACGCAUGAGGACUUCGUCGACGCCUUAGAUCUCAUAUGGGAGGAUUUUUCUAAAGCGGGGUAUCGUACUCUCUUCACUGAAGACUGGACUACAAUCGGUGGGUACCAUUACCAGAGGCGAGGCUUCAUGAAGCCACCAACGGCUCAUUUCAGCCGUCCGAUUGGCUUAGAAAUCGACAAAGACGAAAACAUUAGGAAAGGCGGUUGGUCUUGCAUGAAUAGCAGGAAGGAAGCCAGUUUCCAUCUUGACUACAUCAAGCAGUUCUUUAACAAAUAUCGCAACGAGCCGCUGUACGCGAUGGCCUUCUUGGCCAAACUAACCCACGGGGAUAUGUCGGCCGCUUGGUUGCUGGACCAGCUUAUGUUUGACUUCUAUGAGGAGCUGCAGAACACAGGUAUCUUAAACAACACUUUGCUGAUUACGUUUUCAGACCACGGGCCUAGACAGAGCUGCGUAGAUCAUACAUUCAACGGCAUGGUGGAACGGAGAAACCCGUACGCCAUCUUAACUUUCCCGCCGUGGUUUCUUCGGAAAUACCCGAAUGUUCGGAAAAAUCUAAAAACCAACAGCUUACGUCUUACGACUCAUUUUGAUGUCCACGCUACACUGCAAGAGUUGAUAUACUUCCAAAGUAAAAAGCCGAGCCCGCUGAGAAAAAGAAGCCACGGGAUAAGUUUGUUCCAGAAAAUUCCAAGCGAUAGAACCUGUGAGGACAUUCCUAUUCCGAAAGAAUACUGUCUUUGUGGUCAGCGGGGUAUGGACGAGGUCGACUCAAACACUGUGCUCUAUCAAAUCCUGCUCAACACAUCUCUCAAAGCUAUCAACUCUAAAAUCAGUGGCGCCCCCUGCGCCCAGCUGCGCCUUGAAAAGGCCUUACAAGUUGUGCAGAUUAUUCUACCGGAAGAGGCGUUCGAGUCUCGGGACAAGCUGGCGAUGUUCAGGGUUAGGCUGCAAACGCUUCCGGGUCAUGCGCAGUUCGAAGCCACUGUGCUAGCUAACAACGUUCGCCAGAACUCUUCGAUGGAAGAAAUCGCAAAAAGCCGUAUCGAGGCUGGGCAGAUCAUUGACAGAUUAAACCUCUACAAAGGUCAGGCAGACUGCAUGGACGACCCCAUCUUGCGGCCAUUUUGUUUCUGCAAAAAUUUAUUAGAGGACGAGAAUUGAACUUUUCUCUCUAGUAUUUGUGUUUCUGUUGUGCGUGUGUACGUGUGUGUGUGUGUGUGUAUUUGCGCGUGUGUGUGCGAGUACGAGUGCAGGUGAGUUGAGUGUGUAUUUGUUUAUGUAGAAAGACAAUUCACUUUACUUAAAUGUUAAUUUCUGGCAUGCAAGUGUCAUUUUCUUAUUUCUUUAUUUUUAAUGCAAACUAUUUUGUUGUUACCGUCUUCUUAUUAUAUCAACUGGCGUUGUGCGUGUUUGCAAAUAGCGCAUAUUGUUAAAAUAUCACACAUAGUAAUGUUAGUUUCGCUAAUAAUAUGGCAGCAGCACUGUUAAAAUAAGAGACAUCUA